AUGGAACUUGUUCAACGGGGAAGAUCUAUUGAUUUUUCAGCAAGUGGCGUCUUACCACUUGCUGGAAGGAUGCUGCUGCAAUGGGAUCAAACUCAGCUGCCUGCUACUAGGAUUAAGAGGGUGGUUCAACGGAGUGGUGGAGGCUUGUUGGCGGACAUGGAAGCAUUUGGACAGUGGCAGUUAGCUGGCCCUGGCAUGGUGGUGUUUGCAAUGGUUGUGCCGUUGUCCAGUGGUGUUGGGUUGCAGAUAGAGGGUGCGGUAGGGUUUACUUGGGAAGAAGGAGAUAGGGGUACUAAGCUUGAGACCUUAUUGGGCAGAGGCUUUUUGUGGGAUGGGACCGUUGCUAUUUCCAUCCACUUCCAUGGUGGGAGAGGCGGACUGUGUAGGUUGUGCAAGGAAGGAUGCGUUUUAACCAUUUUCGUGAGGAGAGGAAACUGUCUUGUUUCUUUGCAGUUGCAGUGGUAG